AUGGUACGACCAAGAAAGCCGACCAAUGAGACCGAUGAUGAAUUGCCGAGAGGCGAUGGGAAUUACGCCAUGGUAAGGGCGUUAAAUCGGAUGACAGAGUUCCUUCAGCAGAAUUUUUGUCCACAGCAAGGAGAUCAGAAUAGGGUGUUGCAAGCCGGGUGCACCUACGAGCGCUUCCUAGCGCAUAGGACCCCUACCUUUACUGGUGAAGAGGAUCCACUUCUGACUGGAAUGUGGAUUGAAGAUCUCGAAAGGACAUUCGAAGUCUGUGGUUGCACAGAGGCCCAUAAGGUGUUGUAUGGGAGUUACCUGCUGCAUGGUGAAGCAGCUAAUUGGUGGAAGACUAAGCGGGAACUCCUAGAGAUGGAGUUGGGAUCUUUUGCGGCAGUGUCUUGGCAGCGCUUCAAGAAAGAGUUCGACGACUGUUUCUUCCCUAUUUUCAUGAGACGGUUGGUCGAGGUGGCCUCAAUUGCUGAGCGAGAGCGAGGUGUUGUGGUAGGCUCCCCUCUGGGUAAGAAGCGACUGAACGUUGAUGGUGAAGGGAGCAGCUCCGGGUCGCCACAGAAGUUUGUGCAAAGGACCAGGGCCCGAUCGCAGGCAGCCUCCGGUGUACGUAUUGGGGGCCGAGCUCCAGUUUGUGGCAGAUGUAAUAGAGCCCACGAGGGUGAGUGUCGUCAGGGUUGGAACCAGUGCUUUCAGUGCGGUCAGAUGGGGCACUUUGCUUGUGAGUGCCCUAAUUGGACCCAAGGGAAUCAAGGUGGUCAUCACAGUGCUAGAACUAAUCAGAGGCAACUAGUUCAGGCUUGGGUGUACGCGUUGACUCCUGGUAGUGCUGGCGACGAGGUUCCAGAGACUCAGGAUGCUGGAAUUAUGGCAGCGUGA